GGUGUAGGUGCAGGCAGGGCUGGUGCAGGCAGGGCUGGUGCAGGCAGGGCUCGGGGCAGCCCCUGUCCCCACGUGACGCCCGCGCCGCGCGGGGGCGGCUCCGGUUCAUUCAUAAAUCCCGGGGCCGCCCCGCCGCACCGAGCGCAGCGGCGGCGGCGAUGGAGCCCCGGUCCCGGUUGUAGGACGCGCUCCGGCCGGGACGGACCAUGAGCGAUGACCCGACACCCUGGGACAACGCGACGGAGAGCGCCACGGCGGUGCCCGGCGAGGUGUCCCCCCAGGAUGGCUACGUGCUGCUCCUCGCCUUGCUCUCCAUCUUCAUCGGGGGCACCCUGGUCCUGCUCUCCGGCAUCCUGAUCGUCUGCCGCCGGUGCUGCGAGGCCGACCACCGGCACUCCAGAGCCAGCGAUGACCCCGAGAAAACCAACACCACCUACCUGGACGACUCGCAGCCAGCCCAGGAUAUCACCAUCAAAGUGGAGGACCCUGACUGCCUGUCGUCCUCCAGCUACCGGGAUGUGGAGAACGAGCGGUUCCUUUCCUCCAGCUCCUCCACCGCCCGCCGCGUCUCCUUCAACGAGGCCGCGCUCUUCGACCAGGGCAAAAAGACCCAGGAGAAGGGGAGGAGGUACACGCUGACAGAGGGGGACUUCCACCACCUGAAGAACGCCCGCCUGACCCACCUGCACCUCCCGCCGCCCGCCCUCAAGAUUGUCACCAUCCACGAGUGCGAGUCCAGCGAGAACAGCCUGGCCAUGACCCCCCGCCUGCCCCCGCCCAAGCCCGGCCUCGCCAUCUUCCAGCCCCCCGCGGGGGCCCUGCCCCAGCCGGCGAUCCCCAGCCAUGCCGUGUGCCCCAGCUCUGCCCUGCCCGGGGACACCUACAACUCCACCGUGGACACCAGCUUCGCCGAGGCCAGCCCGUCCGCCUCCUCCGACUCUGGGGAGGGCCCCUCGUUUGCAGCAGUGCCCAGGAGCGGGAAGGCGGCUGGGGUGGGCAGCCCCGGCCCUGGGGAGCCCCCCCCGGCCCCCGCGCAGGGCACGGUCCUGCAGUUCUUCACCCGCCUGCGCCGCCACGCCAGCCUGGACGGGGCCAGCCCCUACUUCAAGAUCAAGAAGUGGAAGCUGGAGAGCACCCAGCGGGCGUCCAGCCUGGACACGAGAGGGUCCCCCAAGAGGCGGCAGUUCCAGCGUCAGCGGGCGGCCAGCGAGAGCAUGGACCAGGAGGACCGGGACCCCCACCAGACCGACAUCAUCCAGUACAUCGCCCGCACGGACGACGUGGCCUUCCACCCCGCAGGCGGCCCCUUCCUGCCCUCCCCCGCCAGCCCCCCACCCUCUCUCGGCAGGCUAGAGCCGGGUGAGGGGGGCGCGGGCAGCCCCGGCGAAGCCGGCGUCCCGGAGCAGCCCAGCGCCUACCACGACAUCUGGAGCCUGCGCGCCUCGCUGGAGCUGUACGCCUCCUCCGAGCGGAGCAACGACCAGGACUCGGUGCGCAGCGACGGCGGGGACAGCGUCUCCUCCGCCGGCGGCGUGCCCCCCUGCCCUUCCUCCUCCCUGGACGAGGCCGAAGGCCCCGAGGAGAAGCUCUGGGGUCGCCCCAAGCCGGAGGAGUCGGAGUCCGGCACGCGCAAGCUGCUGCAGAUGGACAGCGGCUAUGCCUCCAUCGAGGCGCCCAGCCGGGGGGGCGAGGAGGGACCCCCCAAGGACCAGACGGCCUCCGAGAAGCGCAUUUGCUUCACCAGCGCGGGGCGGAAAGGUACCAUCUUCGAAAGCUUCGAGGGCCGGGAGCCGGAGGAAGAGGAGGAGGAGGAGGAAGAGGAGGAGGAGGAGGAGGAGGAGGAGGAAGAGGAGGGGAGCAUGGCCCAGGGCGCGGCGGGUGGGGGUCCCCCCCGUCCCCACAGCCCCCUGGCCUGGUCCCCGUACGGGCAAAUGUUCCCGGGGCGGGACGCGCCGCCCCGGCGGGACUACAGCAUCGACGAGAAGACGGACGCCCUGUUCAACGCCUUCGUGCGCCACGACCCCCAGUUCGACGAGUCGCCGCUGCGGGGGAAGCACCGCUCCCGCACCCACCUCCGCAAGCAGUGGCAGCACGCCAAGCAGUACAGCGACCCCGGCGUGCGCUACCCGGCGCUGGAGCGGCACCGCACGCCCCUGCGCCGGGGGGACAGUGCCAAUUACCCCCUGGACGCCCGCUUCCACAGCCCCCUGCCCCGCAUCGUCAGCGCCGGCGACGAGGAGGCGGCGGAGGCGGCCGACGGGUCCCCCCCCGCCCCGGCGCUUCCCGACCCUGAGAUCCAGGUGAUCGUGGAGGAGCCCGGAGAAGUGGCCCCUGAACCCAAGGCUGGCUCCGAGCCCCCCGGGGACGAUGCCUGCCCCGGCCCCGGGAGGUGCCUGGGGCUGGGCUCCGGUUCGGAGCUGAUGGACAAGAUUGCCGGCGGCCUCGAGGAGCGGCUCUACGGGCACUUGAGGAAAACGGGAGAGAGCACGGAGCACACGGUGGCCGUGGCGGCCAGCGACGCCCCCCCCCGACCACAGCCCCGUCUAGGCCCAGCGAGAGGGGGAGAGACCCCGGCACAGGGAUUCGGGGGCUCCAUCCCCUCCUGCUGCCGGCGUGGGGACCGGUGCGGUGCCCGGUGCCCGGGGAAGGGUGGCCCUGGCAGGGGAAGGCCAGGAGGGCGCGUGGGGUCCCCUGGCUGUGUGUUCCCCCCCCUGCCCACCGCAGAGGUCCUGCAGCGUGGGGUGGCCGAGCCCCCUCGCUCCCGGGAGCGAGGUGCCAGGCGGCAGCGGAGGGUCCGGGCUGGGGGUGCCCGGAGCGGGAGGGUUGGGGCACAGAGGUGGAGCGGAGCGUUGGCCGGGAGGUCAGCGAUGAGGGACUUUGCGAAUAAACCCCCAAACCCAGCUGAGGCCCAAUCCUUACCUCACGGCAGAGCUGUGUAGCAGAUACGCUCUCUCCCCUCUCUCUCUCCGGUUUUCUUACAAGCAAUAAUGCCUCCCGUCCGGCCGGGAAACGUCCCCACGAGGAAGGGGCCGGAGCUGGGCCUCCCCGCAGCCGGCUGAGGGAUGCCGCGGUGCCGCCCUGGCAGGGGGGGGCAAUUAUUUGGGGAGGGGGGAGUCUCCUCUUUGUGCCCACGAACCCCCCAGAUCUGCAGGGAGCCUGGGAUCUAAACUGGAAGCUGGGGGGUCUGCGGCCAUCAUGCUGGGGCAGGAGGAUGCACGAGGGGCUUGUGCAUCCCCCCCCCUCCCCGGGGGCACGGGCGAGCUCUGAGCCCUGCAAGCAGCGUCCCGAGGGCUGGGGAGGCAGGACCAGCCCUGGGACUCCCCUGUAAAUACGCCCCAGUAGUAGGGGUGGGGGCUGCCCAUCGCCUGCCCCGGUGCUGUCCCCUCUGCCUGGGCACGCAGGGCGAGAGCAGAGCGUGGGGCUGGGCCAGCAUGUGCCAUGGGUGACCCCCAAGUGCUCCGCAACCCCCUGCCCUCCCCGGGAGCUCAGCGCCGGGCUGGAGGCGUUCAGAGGAUAUUUAUUGAUUUUUACAGAGGUGGAUGCUGCUGCUCCAGAGGAGGGGUUAGCUUUUUAUUGGGUUUUUAUUUGUGUUUCAAAUGAUGGGUGAAAAAAAGGAGGGGGGGAUAAAAAAAGAGCCCAAGACAUGUUACCUGGGAGACUCGGCAGCGGGGCAGGCAGGAGGGGCAGGCAGGGCACAGCUGGGGGCCCCCCACGCCCCUCCAUAGCACCCCAAUUGCAUGCGAGUAAAGAGGCCGGGUCGCUCCUUCCCUCUGCAAAGUCUCUGUCCAAAGCACUAACUACGACUCAGCAUUUUUAAGUCUAUAAACAAAGGA